GUCAUUGUUUACAUCCAUCCAUACAUGACAUUUUUCCUCUAUAUUUCUGCAGUCUGACAGUCUAUAGAAGAAGGGGAAAUAAACACAUCUCAGACUUUUUUCCCCACUUCAGCUUGACAGUGAUCGUCUUGAGGCUUCAGCACCUGUUUGGUAGAGGAGAAACACGUUGGAGGGAAACCUCAGGGAUUUAAAACCACCAAGCGAUUCUUGUUCAGAUUUUGUAAACCCUCUGCCAACAUUUCGCCUCCAACAGCCAUGUACAGCUCCAGCUACUCCCGGGCCAAGUUUGGCCUGGACGCGAGGGAGCCUCUUCACAAGCCCAAAGGGAAGAGCUGCGGCUACUACAUGAGGAUCGUCUUCUUCUUCUCCUCCUUGAUCCAGUCUCUGAUCAUAAUCAGCCUGGUGUUGUUCCUGAUCUACGGCCAACCAGAGAAGACUGCUGAGGAGAAGAGGGUCAAGGAGCUGGAGCUGAACUUCAACAAGCUGAGUGAGAACAACAUCAAACUGAGGAAGGAGAAAGGCGAGCUGGGAGCUCAGCUGGGAGCGCGCACAGCAGAGAAAGCUGCUCUGGAGAAAGAGCUGGAGAAAGUGAAGACUGAAGCCAACACCACAGUCACUCAGCUUCAGCAGAAAAUAAUCCAGUGUGAGGCAGAUAAAAGGUUGGCACUGACACGCUCCACACCAGUGGUCCACUGUCCCACCACUCCCAUCCAGCCCCCUGUUGUUGUCACCACUGGCAGUGAAAUAAAGACUUUGCAGAGCCUCAACGCCCAGCAAAGAGCCAUGAUCAGCCUCAUUGAAGCGAACUUCACCCAGACGGUUCAUUAUCUGAGCCAGGAGAGGGACAACGCCCUCAAGGACCGAGACGCGCACCACCAGGACGCCAUCACGCUGCGCAGGGACAACAGCGUCCUGAACGAGCAGCUGACCACCUACACCAGAAAGUGCAAGGAGGACUUUGCCCGCUCUCUGGAGGGCAUCCAGACGGUGACGAGCAGUUUCCUGACGAGGAUCAACAGCCUGUUUCCCCACCAGCUGACCUUUCACCUCACCUGUGAGAAACAGCAGGAGCAAAUGGACAAGAUAAGGACCAGCUGCACCAACCUGUCCAAAGACGUGGAGGAUAAGUUCCAGAAGUACUUAGACAAUGUGGGCAACAAGGUGGCCGACAUCCAAGCCCAGUCCAGUCGCCUGGAGGUGCAGACCUCGCACCUGACCGCCGACCUGAAGCAGUGUCGCCUCAACAGCAGCCUGACAGUCGCCGAGGCCAGCAGGCAGCUACAGCUGAAACAACAGAAACAUGACAACCAGAUGGAGGAUUUGUUGAGGGUGCAGAACCGACUAAGGGAGGAGAAGAAGCUGCAGUCAGACCGUCUGGCUGUGAGAGAGAGUGAACUUCAGAACCUCAAGGCCAAGAUCCAAACGCUCACUGCUCAGGCCAGCUGUAAGCCCGGUGUCCCUAAACCCGCUGCCCUGCAGGUCGCCCCUUAUCAGAGCAAACAGACUGGGACCAGCUGGCCUUUUGUUGGAGCACCUGGCAUCAGGAAAACUCCCACGGUGAGAUGAGACGGACAGGAGGGUCAGUGAGACGAGGCCAAGUGACCAAUAUAAUGCUUUUUUAUUUUUUCUGACCACAACACAUCCUCAAACAUUUUCUGUAUAUAGCCCCCAGUUCUGACACCGGAUUAAUGUGGACAUGUGUUAUGCCAUUGAUCUGUUUAUACCUGACUUAUCUUUAACUGGACUGGAGCAUCGGAUGAAUAACUACAAAUAAAAGCCUUGGUAUCACCAAGACUCAGGUUAAUGUACAAAUGUCCAUGACACUGGUGUAAAUAGUUCCUAUGGUGUGUCAGUGGUGUAUGAAUAUGAGAAAACAGAUCCUGGAAAAUGCUCUUCUGAUUUAUGACUGGGUUCAAAUGAAAUUAAGUGAAGCAUUUGCUCAUUUAAAUUAAUAAACCUUAAU